AUGACAUCAACGCCGUCUUCAUCAGCAUCAGUAUUGUCGAGAACUGUGCAUGCACUUCACUUGCUCGCUUACUCUCCAGUCACAUUUACUGAUGUCUAUGAAUUUUGUAAUAAUGAAAUUAAAACAUCAAUUUAUACAAUAUGGAAUUUUUUACCAAAAGUUAUCUACGAACAAUUACAUUCUAUGUCAGUUGUCUUUUUUAUACUUGUUGCUAUUAUCCACAUGUUUGCUGACGGCGCGACAUCAGUAUUUGCAAUUAUCGGUCCAUUAUCAUUUGUAUUACUAGUCAGUUUAUUAAAAGAUGCUAUUUAUGAUAUUCUACGACAUCGUAGAGAUAAACAGGUCAAUGAAAGAAAAUACCCCGUCAUGUAUAUUGAUCAAGAAAGUAAUACACUUCAAUGGAAAUUGAUUCAGUCGAAGCAUAUCACUGUUGGUGAUGUAAUUAUGUGUAAAAAUGACGAAGAAUUCCCGUGUGAUUUAAUUAUCUUAGCAACAAGUUCCAAUGAUUAUUCAUGUCGUUUAACAACUGUUAAUUUAGACGGUGAAAGUACCAUUAAAACACAUUAUUCUAUAUUAGAUACACAUAAUAUUUAUAAAAAUUAUUUAAAUGAUUCAAUUGUUUACUCGCUAAAUAAUGAAUUUAAUGAUAUUAUUAAAACAUUAUUUAUUAGAGUUGAUUGUCAACAGCCGAAUGAAGAUUUUUCACAUUUUGAAGGUUAUAUCACCCUAAGUAAUGGUAAAUUAAAUCAACCAUUAAAGCUAAAUAAUAUUCUAUAUAGAGGGGCUAAAUUAAAAACAACACGAUGUAUUAUUGGCUUAGUGGUUUACACUGGACGCGAUACAAAAUUGUUGCUUAAUUCCAAGCAACCUAAACGAAAGUAUAGUUCACGUGAAAGUAGAGCGAAUGUCAUUCUAAUCACUUUUAUGAUUAUUAUGUCAUCAUUUUGUAUUAUUUUUUCUGUAUUAACAAAAAAUUGGUCUAUGCAGUAUUUAACAAAUCCAUUUAUACCUGCACCAAAUUUUAAAUAUUGGUCACAAGUUAAAGAUGUAUUCCGCUUUUUAUUUAUUCUGAAUUAUUUAAUCCCCAUAUCAUUAAUUAUUACAGUGGAAAUUCAACAAAUAUUAGCGGCCUAUUUUAUUUCAUCUGAUCUAGAAAUGUAUGAUACUGAACAGGAUGUUGCAACAAAAUCCAAUACACCACAGUUAAUUGAUGAAUUAGGCCAAAUCAAGUAUUUAUUCAGUGAUAAAACUGGUACAUUGACACAGAAUGAAAUGCUUUUACACACUAUAGCUGUUUUAAAUACAAAUAAAGUCUACGUGUUCAAUGAGGAAUAUGAAAAUAUCACUGAUAUACACCACCACCACCACCAACAACAACAACAGAAUAAUUCAUAUAAAUCUUAUAUUUGUAAAUCAGAAGUGUAUAGAUUAAAAGAAAUUUCAAGGAGAAAAAAUCAAUUUGGACAUAUUGGUGUUAUCUAUGAAAAGUUAAUAGAUAAUAACACUGAAUAUUAUGAAGAUAAUCCAGCUUUUGAAUCAUCAUCUGAUUCAGAGACAGACAUCGACGAAGAGAUGGAGGAUGAGAUAGCUGACGAUGUUAAAAAUAGACAAGAUGUUAAUAAAGUCAAAGGUGUAAAUAGAAAAAUCAAUAAUCUUUCAUUAUUAACUGGUAAUCAUCCUAGAUUUAGCAUUGAUGAACAAUUAUUACCUGAUGAAUUAUUAAAAUGUCUUACAACACUAGCAUUAUGUCAUACAGUGGAAAUUAAUCGAAGUGAUGAAGAUAAACAAAAUUCUGUUGAUCAGAUAACAAAAUACUUGAAUAUGGAAAAUUUUUAUCAGGCGUCAUCAAUAGAUGAAAAAGCCUUGGUAAUUGGUGCAGCUAAACUCGGAGUACGAUUUAUGGGUUCAUCAACAUGCGAACAAAAUUCAUCUUCAAGAAUUUAUCGAGUAGAAUAUGAUCAGUGUAUUUGUAAUAAGAAUAAUGGUAAUAAUGGAAGUAAUAAUAAUAAUAGUAAUGAUAACAGUCAAGAUCAAUUUGUUUCUAUGGAGUAUAUAAUUGACGCUGUCUUGGAAUUUGAUUCAUUUCGAAAACGUAUGACUGUCAUGGCUAGGCAUCCAGAUGGCACAUGUUAUAUUCAUUGUAAAGGAGCUGAAUCAAGUAUAUUUGAGAUAAGUAACUUGUCUCCGACUCAUGCACACAAAUUAGCCAAUAAACAUGUAACACAAUUUGCAAUGGAUGGUUUACGUACAUUGGUUUAUGCAAGUCGUCAAGUGAAUUCCAGUGAAUAUCAUGAAUUACUUGCAGAACUUCAACAUGCUAAUACUUUAUUUGGUCCUGAACGUGUAAAUGCAUUGAAAGUGAUCUAUUCUAAAAUUGAGUCAAAUUUAACAUUAGUCAGUGUAACUGGAGUUGAAGAUAAACUACAACCUGAUGUUGAACAGACUUUGAAAAGUCUACGUGAAGCAGGAAUUCAAGUUUGGGUAUUAACUGGAGAUAAAGAGGAGACAGCAAUUACAGUCAGUCGAUCAGCUGGACACUUUGCACCAAAUAUGAACUUAGUUCGUUUAACAAAUUGUGAAGAUUUUCUUAGUUUAGCCAGCAAGUUAUUUAGUCACUUAGAUGAUUUAAAAGUUCGUCGAAGAGGAAGAAGUACAAAACAACGAAUUAAAAAUUGUGUGAAAAAAUCAUUCGAUCUGAUGAAAGAUAAAACUGAUAAAAAUUUAUACGAUAAAAGUGAAAUAACUGAAAAUUUUGAUAAUCAGAGAGUAUCAUCAAUUGCCGGUUUAAAAAAGCUAUUCACUAAUAAAAUUCAAGUUGAAUUAAAUCAACCUCGGCAUAGACAUUCACAACGACCUGGUUCUGCAUGUGAGCCUAUUGGACUGGUUAUCGAUGGAAAAAGUUUACGAUAUGCAUUACAUCCUUCUUUACAAAGUGCAUUUCUCGAUUUGUGCUUACAUUUAACUACUGUGCUAUGCUGUCGUAUGACACCUCUUCAAAAAGCAUCUGUAGUUCAACUUGUACGUACUGGUUUAGCAGACUAUGGUGAAUCCCCAGUAACAGCUGCAAUAGGUGAUGGAGGCAAUGAUGUUGCAAUGUUAUUACAAGCUAAUAUUGGAAUUGGUGUAUUUGGCAAAGAAGGUAAAGAGGCUGUACGUGCAUCAGACUAUGCUAUACCACAAUUUAAAUAUCUACAGCGUUUAUUAUUGGUUCAUGGACAUCAGUCUAAUUAUCGAAUCUGUAUGACAAUGAAUUUAUUCUAUUAUAAAUGUGUUACAUUUGUAACAACACAAAUUCUAUACACAUUCUAUAGUGGUUAUUCAGCUGUAUCAACAUUUGAAACUGUUCUAUUCUCUAUAUACAAUUUAACUGUGACAUCAUUAAUGUGUCUACUGUUUGGUAUGUUUGAACGUCAUUUACCAGAUAAGAUACUAAAUGAUAAUCCUUAUCUUUAUAGAUUGCUUACUCGUCAAGCAAAUUUAAGAUCAUGGUAUAUUUGGCUGUGGAUAUUUGAUGGAAUUUGGCAUGGUAGUGUAAUAUUUUAUGCAGCUACUUAUAUAUUCCUUGGUGGUGGUCUGUACUCUGAAGGUACAUUUUAUGAAUCGUAUGGAAAUGUUCAACAUUUAUUCGAUAUGAGUCUUUAUGGCUGUGCAACCUACCUAUUUGUAUGGCUAUCAGUAACACUACGUAUAUUUAUUGUUACACGUGACUUCAAUAUUGUUGUAUUCGGUGGAUUUCUUAUUACAAUGAUUGUGAACACUAUCAUAUUGAUGGCUUUACAGAGUACUACAACAUUAGACAAUAUUAACCUUUUCAGUUAUACAAAAUUAUCAAAAAGUGCAGCUUUUUGGUUUACAUUACCAAUUGUAUUAACAAUAGCUAAUAUACCUUCAUUAAUAUGGAGAAUAAUGUCAGAUGCAUGGUGGAAUUUACAAAUCCAAUUAAGUAAUAUACCACAAAAGCAUAUACGUCGAAAGUAUCGUCGAUCACUGUCUGUAUGGAUACGUGCUUUAACAACUAGUUACCUUGGAAAUUCACCUGACCAGAUGUAUCAGAAGAAUACUGAUAAAAUUGAAUCCUAGUCGAAUAAAAAUACUAUUGUGACAAAAUGCUUUCAGCCAGGGCGCCAGUUUCAAAUGUCAACCUGUUGUUCACAAUUUCAUUUCGUUGUAAAUAUAUGAAUUUAUGGAUUUUAAAUUUCUUUUUUUUGUGAAUAAUUGAAGGAAAAAAAAGCAAGGAAAAUGAAUUAUUUUAAUUUUUUUAAAACCGCGCACAAAUAUGACUAGAAUUAUACAUUGUUUCUAAAGAUAUCUCGAGUGAUUUCUCUACUUUGAGUUCUAAGUUUUCUUACCAUUUUCUUACCUGAAAUAUUUCUUGUACAAUCAAUUUUAUAAAGUAUACUGAUGUACUUUACUCUUUUGGUUCCUUUUCUAUACAACACAUUGUAUAGAGCAUACCAUGUCCUAAAUCAUCUAUUAUUUUUCUGUCUGUUUUGUUUAACUUAUAUGUUAUUCUUUUCUUACUAGUAGAAGUUUUGUAAAUCAGGUCAAGAUAUGUGCAAGCAGUCUUUGUGAAUAAGACUAUCUUUCUAAAAAAAAACACCAAGUACUUUUCUUUCAUAUCAUUUUUCCUCUUGAUUAGGUAUCUUAUUUAAAAACUGAUGCCUGCCUAUUCACCUAUUUUUAUCGGGAUUAUGAAUAGUGUGCACUGUAUGGUUGAGUACUUUUGUACUUUUUUUUAUUUUUUAUUAAAAUGUUUAUUCACAUUUUGUAUUUCUUCUUUUUUUGUUUUGUGUUAUUUGAUUUCACUCUAAUGAAUAUACAACAAGGUUUGUUUAUCGAUCCAUAUAAGGUCUGAACAAACUACUGG